AUGAUUGAAAACAACAAGUCGAAAAUCAUCCAUGUCCAGGUCAUUGGAUGUCAAGCUCAGUUCACUUCCUAUUCGGCUGUUCUUGCUCCAAAAAUUGGACCACUCGGUCUCUCACCACGUCUCGUCGCUCAUGAAAUAAUGCAUCUCACGAAAGAAUGGAAAGACGUUCGCGUGAAAUGCAAAAUUGUAGUCAAUCUCGAUGAACGAAAAUUUCAGGUCGAAGUGAUUCCUUCCUGUGCAAGUUAUAUCAUUCGUGCCCUAAUGAAGUCCAAUUCAAUCUUUUCCUCAAUGCCAUUUAAUAACAGACAUACGCGACAUUCGUUGAUAAAGGCCUACAAACAAUGCAACUUGACGAUGGAUCAAGUCGUUGAAAUUGCUCGAUGCAUGAGAUCUCGUUCAAGAGCCAAAGAAUUCAAAGGAUGUGUGAUAGAAGUUUUAGGGACUUGUGUUUCUGUUGGUUGUAAAGUGGAAAAUCAAGAUCCAAGACAUGUCCAACAGCUUUUAUUGUUUGGAUUUUUGAGUGUUCCUGUGGAGUAG